AUGUCACAUAGCUGUCGUCUUCUCUGUGGUUUUUUAAUGAGCUGCAUCGGAUGGACAGGUAUUAUUAUAGCGACUUUGACAAACAACUGGGUGGUGACCUGUAAAUACGGGAUGGACACUUGCAAGAAGAGGGUAGAGCUCGAGACGAAGAGUCUGUGGACCGAGUGCAUCAUCUCUACUGCUCUCUAUCACUGCUCACUCAACCAGAUCCUGGAAUUACCUGCUUACAUCCAGACGUCUCGUGCUCUGAUGGUGACUGCCUCUCUGCUCGGUUUGCCCUCUCUGGCGCUCGCGCUGCUUGCGAUGCCAUGCGUCAAACUGAAUCAGGACACCGAAGACACCAAAUACAAGCGUGCAGUCCUGGGUGGCAUUCUUGUACUGUUCAUAUCUCUGUGUGGGAUAGUAUCAACCGUUUGGUUCCCCAUCGGAGUCCUUCACGAGGAUAAUCUGAUGUCAUUCGGGUUCUCCCUGUAUGCUGGGUGGGUCGGCUCAGCCCUCUGUUUUUUCGGGGGAUCUCUGAUGACUUGUUGUUCGAGGAGCGAUGGCUCGAGCCAGAGUCUUGAAAACCGCUAUUACUACUCAAAACACAGUGGAGUUUCUUCCCCUCCCAUUAACAGUCAUGCCAAGAGUGCACAUGUUUGAGAGUGAAGACAGACACACAUGGAUAAGAACUCAGCUUUGUAUCUCAAGAUGGGAUUUGGGCACACAUACAUGAAAGCUCACACACUUAUACACACUCCAAUGAAAUAUGUGAAGAAUUUGUUUUCCACUGCCAUGGUUUGAGCGCAACCAUGUGAAGAUUUGGAAGGAACAGAGAAUUGGAAACUCGCUAAAGCUCGCAGACGUCGACGCAUGAAAGGUUUUGUUUGCACAGGCGUUGAAAUGAAACCAGGGGGAAACAGAUGUUCCCUCUUGCCUAAGCAUAUUUUUUUUGAUGUUUGUAAAGUCAAUCUAUUUACACAGUAUUCAGUUUUGCUCCUGUAAGAAAUCAAAUAUGUUAACAUAUUCUUUUAUUUCAGAGUUGUUAGCUCAUGCAUGCCUCCACUAAUGUCAACAUUUAGAAAAGCAUGUAUUACAAAAUUGGACACCUUGUAAUGUCAGACAGACAGGAAAACCGUCUGGCCAGAUGUCAUUUGCACUGUUUUCCUGGAGAGUUCCUCACAGUAUCCUGUAUUCGAAUGUAAUUGUAACUGGAAAACUUGUAAUUUUUCAAGUUUCAUUUUCCUGAUGAUUGAUUCAUUUUAGUAACGAACAUUAUUGUAUCCUCCCUGUGCUUUCUUUUCCAAUAUGUUUUUAAAUGUAUGUAAUGUUAUGGCGCCAGCUGUGGUCUUUAUAAAAUGCAAAACUUGCUAAUGGCUGACAAAAAGACACAAUUUGUGUUUGUAAAAUAUAUUAAUUUUAAUAUUUCAUUUUAAAUGCAUAUUCUUCUUCAAGCAAAUGUAACUCUCGGUGUGUAUUUACAUGUGUUCUCAAUCGAAAUGAUUUUACGCUAGCUGUAGGGAAGAAAUAUAAAUAUACUCACGCAAACAAGGGAAACCCACAAGAGUAACAUAUUUCUACAAAGCAGAAAGAAUUUCAUAUCAAUGUCCCAAAAUAUUUUGAGAACUAUUAAGCUAUCGCAGGGAGCCAAUCAUAAUAUUUCCCCCAAAAUUCUAAGGAGAGCUUACUAUGUUAGAUCAAGUACAGCUGUGGAGAUGGUGUAAGGUUAAAAGUCCAUUCAAUGCUUCUUUAUAGGUAAUAUACGGGCAUCAUAAAGGGGUUUAAA